CUGAGGUGUAUCCCAAUUCAUAAUUCAUUACUCUAGUUCACCAUUCACGAAGUUCAGAAUUGUGAAGAAGCUCAACGAAGAAAGUCUGGCGAAAGGCGCAAAGAGUGGGGUGUCGGAUCUCGCUAUUGAUUGGUCAACUUAUCAGCGACGAAUCUACAAAUAAGGCGCAAAGUCUGAUCAGAACAUACCCUAAUUAACAUGGAAGACUGGAUAUAAUACCAAUAUAUAUCAUCGUCUAAUCUCAUCCAGCCUCACUCAACCGAAGACAACCUUCUCAUCUUCAUGUUCGACUAACAUUCCAUCCAAGGAUCACACAUACCACCCCUUUUUUUCAACAUGCAACGUACUUAUCUCGCAUUUCAACAUAACGCCAAACUUCACUCUCUUCAAACAAUCGUUACCGCGGUCCGAUCAGUAGCGAGUCUUGAAGAAGUUAAUAAAGGCCUAUUCAAGCAGGCCAAGGAGGACGAUCAUGUCGUAGUCACAGAACAAACCAUAUUCCACCCUCAAGGGGGUGGCCAGCCUUCUGAUGUUGGUACAAUGCAAAGCUCCAAUGGUGCGAAUUUCGACGUGUCUAUGGUGCGCAUGAGUGCAAUAAAUGACGGCGAGGUCCUGCAUUUCGGCAGGUUCACCAACGCCUCCUCAAUUUUUAAACCUGGAGAAUCUAUCACUCAGGCCAUUGACAGUGAGCGGCGACUUCUAUACUCUCGUUAUCAUACAGCCGGACACGUUCUUGGUUCAGCUGUUCGCCAUCUUCUCGAGAAGGAGGUGGCCAAUUUCGACGAACUCAAGGCUUCACAUUUCCCCGAUUCUGCCGCUUGUGAAUUCCGAGGUCUCAUCGAGGGGAAAUGGAAGGAUGCCAUCCAGACACGCUUGGAUGAAUAUAUCAACAAGAACAUGCCAGUUGAAAUUGACUGGUGGGAUGAAAACGACUUCAAGGCUAAUGAUCUUGAACGCUUAACGCCAGAUCGCAAGGCCAUGGGUAUGGCAGAUGACGAGAAGUUCCGAGUUGUUAAAAUUGUCGGAGCUGAAGCCUAUCCUUGCGGGGGCACGCACGUUGAUAGUACAGAGUUGUGUGGUAAGACCAAUGUCAAGAAAAUUGGUCGAACGAAGGGGACAAGUCGGGUGAGCUAUGUACUGCCUUGACAGUAAGGCAGCUGGUGAUUGGCUGUCAACGUCUCGAGGCAUGCUUGCCGGACACGGCUUGUUUGACCGGUCAUAAUUUUAGAACUCUCAAUCAUUCAUCCGCCCUUGGAAAGUCAUUGUCAUACAACGUGCUCUGCUAGC